AGCGGAGGGAGGUGUUUCUGUCAGUUCCGGCUGUUUGUUCGGGAAGUGGAUCCGCCGCUGCCGGAGCAGCCGGGAGGGAGCCGCGGAUCGCGAGGCCAGUACCGACCCCGCCCGCCCGCGCGCGCGCGCCGCCCCCGCCCGCCAUGGCCCGGGACUACGACCACCUCUUCAAGCUGCUCAUCAUCGGCGACAGCGGUGUGGGCAAGAGCAGCUUGCUGUUACGAUUUGCAGACAACACCUUCUCAGGCAGCUACAUCACCACAAUCGGAGUGGAUUUCAAGAUUCGGACUGUAGAGAUCAACGGAGAGAAGGUGAAGCUGCAGAUCUGGGACACAGCAGGGCAGGAGCGCUUCCGCACCAUCACCUCUACGUAUUACCGGGGGACCCACGGGGUCAUUGUGGUUUACGACGUCACUAGUGCUGAGUCCUUUGUCAAUGUCAAGCGAUGGCUUCAUGAAAUCAACCAGAACUGUGAUGAUGUUUGCCGAAUAUUAGUGGGCAAUAAGAAUGACGACCCUGAGCGGAAGGUGGUAGAGACAGAAGAUGCUUACAAAUUUGCUGGGCAGAUGGGGAUCCAACUCUUUGAGACCAGUGCCAAGGAGAAUGUCAACGUGGAAGAGAUGUUCAACUGUAUCACAGAGCUGGUUCUACGAGCAAAGAAAGACAACUUGGCGAAACAGCAGCAGCAACAACAGAACGACGUGGUGAAGCUCACGAAAAACAGUAAACGAAAGAAACGCUGCUGCUAAUGCCCCGGUCCACUGCAGAGACUGCACUGCACCCUCCCCCGGCCCGAGGCCCUCGGAGGCACCUCGGGGACAGUCUCAGUUUAGUGCCGUUAUUUAAAGAAUUCUCUCCACGUUUUUGUAUCGGGAGGCGCCAUCGGCACAUCCUCCCCCUUCCCCUUGAGUGCCAAGAAGGUGUUGGACGAGCCUGCCCUUCCCGACUGGUGCCCUUUCUCCUGCUGAGGCGCCUGGACCUGGUGAGGACGCUGCCAGCUGAGCGGACUGAUUAACCCAUUUGUACAUAGUGUAUAUUGCAUUAACCAGCUGCACACCCUCGGCCUGCUCUGGCUUUUGCCUCCUUCCUGCCAACCUGCUGCAACAGACCCUCCUAUUCCAUCUCGACGGCAGCUUCCUGAGGAGCCGGCCUCAUGUCCUAGCUGAGUCUUUGGCCAUCUUGGGGCCCAUGGAGUGCACUCCACAUGGCUCCUACCCUACAGCUGCUCCGGAAGCUGGGGAACCCGCCUCCACACUGGCCCUGCCUUCUGCUGGCCCUAGGCCUUCAGCUCCAUAGAGGAAGUCAGUCCUGCCCUUUUGGCCAACAGGUUUCUCGUUCUGCCUUCUCAGAUGCCUCUGCUACAAACCCAGGGAGCUGUGGCUUCUCACUUGCCCAACAUGUUUCAGUUCCAGCAGAAAGGUAGGGGUUCAGAGAUGGAGCUUGUAAGGGGGAGCAGUAUUUUAACAGACACAACAAAUGAAGCCAAAUCAAACGAACUAAGUUCCUCAAUUAUUUCCUUUGAGAUCUGAUUAGUUCAAUAGCAAAAGUUGUAACUGUCCCACUUUGGGCUCAGUGUUUUUAGAAAAGGUGUGAUGGCUUCUGUUCACGGCUAGGCUUUCCCUUUCCUGGGGAAAGGAAGAGCCUUGCACCCUUGUUCCUGUGUGUGCAAGGGCCUCCCACUGGAGCUGGUUUGUAAUGUAGUACCAGGCGCCUCUGGCAGCCUGGGGCUGCUGGCCUAUGGGAGACACCUCCAAGCUGGGACAGGCAGCUUUGCAUUACUGACAGACCGGUUUUAGUAUGAAGCGGUAGGAAGAUUCCUUAGCCAUUGGGAAGCAGUGGCAGUGGGGUGGGGGUAGCCAGUGACCACCCACCCACUCACCCCAGUUCCCUGGAGUAACCAGGGUAAUCUGUUAUUUGAUUACUUCCCCUUCUCCAGGAUGCUUGGUUCCCUUUCCCCUAAGGAUCAUGUAACUGGGAAGAACUGAUUUGGACACCAUAAUGGGUUUUACUAGAUUUCCUUUCCUAGCGAUUUCCAGGCACAGUCCUGACUGGACAAUCAUCACAGAAUACUGCAGAUUUUCCAUGUUAACACUGUGGAUGGGUUUUUAAUCAAUAAAACUGGGGCUUUCUUCUCACCUGUCUCUCCGCUUGUCCGAACUGUCGAAAGCUGGGGUUCUGUGUCACGGGCCUGCUUUUGAGUGUCAGGCUGGGUUUGGGGGCUGUGGAGGACACUUCAGGGCCAAGCAGCAGGUGGCUCCCUGUGAUCCAGGUGAGCCAGCCAGGAGUUGAGGGCCUGCUGUUCUGGCAGAAGGGGUCACAUGUGCUCCUAAGCUCCUGGGAAACCAGUGUGGGAGUGUUUGCCAGCUCAAGCAAUAAGAGGGUGCAUCCAGGAGCAUCCAGCCCAGGUUGGAUGCUGCUAUGGCUUCUGGCACCUGCUGGGUAAGGCCCAGGUGAUGGGUAAGUUUGGUAACAACAGUGUGCCUGUCCCGAAGAGUGUUACAUGCAUGAGUGGGGUGGGGGUGGGGGCUAAGGGAGGGGGGCUCAGGGCUAAACUGGUGUCCUGGUGGACCUGAUGUGAAACUCCUGUCAAACAACAAACUUUUAAAUAAGGUUUGCUAGGAUUAUUUCUGUAUUGAAAGUUUCUAAUUAUGCUUUUUAAAAAAAAAUACUAAAAAUAAAGGUUCAAGCUGCCAAAUUUC